AUGCCUCAAAAGGAUGAUUUAGUGAGUGAAUUUGUAUCCCUUACACAGUGCGAAUCCAAGACAGCCAAGGACUUCCUUAGAAGAAAUCAGUGGAAGUUGGAAUAUGCGUUGAACGACUACUACGAUCAAAUGCCUGGUGGAUUUAUAGAAGAGCCGCACACACCAGUGACAUACCCCGAGGAACUAUUAGCACUAUAUGAUAAAUACGUUCUGGAAGACCAAAACAAGAUAGAUAUCGAUGGCAUGAUCCAGCUGAUUGAAGAUCUCGAUUACAAGCUAGAAGAUCUGGUGACAAUAUGUCUUGCCAAACUACUACAUUGCACCAGGCUGGCAGAUGGAAUAAGCAAGGAUCAGUUUCUACACAAUUGGUACAUGCAAGGAUGCUCGACAUUACCUCAAAUGCGCCAUGUUCUGGAUGACCUCGACACCAAGCUCCACACAGACCUAGAGUACAUGACAGACAUCUACAAUUACACUUUCGACUUAGCUCUCGACCAAAACAAGCGUGAUCUAGAUACAGAUACUGCCGCAGAGUACUGGCGCCUUUUCUUUCAACCAGGAACUGCCGUACAUGUCAACCCAGCUCUUUUAAACUCAUGGCUAGCCUUCCUCGAUAGCGAACAGAAGACAGUUGUUACUAGGGACACUUGGAAGAUGUUACUAGAAUUUUUCAAGCAAUUUCCUUCUCUCAGCGCCGUCAAGACAAGCUACAAUGAGGCAGACGCCUGGCCAUACAUUAUAGAUGAGUAUUACGAGUAUCUUGAGGACUCACGACUGAUAUGA